ACUUCGGCCACUUCGCCAAACGAACAGGCAUUUUCAGCCUCUAAUACAAAUACUGUUUCAGUUCAAGCACUUCCUAUAAAACGGCCUAAUUCUUCACAAAAAUAUGAUAAUGCUGUUUCUUUUUCAGCGCUUUCUUCAGUAUUUGCAGAUCAAAAACCUUCAACUUCUUUAGUUAGCAAUUGGGCUCCUUCUUCUUUUGGUUCUCUGACUUCUAUUGAUCAAUUUUUUCUAAACUCUAAAAAAACGUCCAGUUCUAGCUUAAACUGGCUUGGUAUGGCGGGCGGGAAUAACAAUGUUGAUUCACCGGAUCCUGUUAUUCAAGAUGCAAAUUUGAAGGAAAAAGUUAAGAAAGCUUACAUAGAUUUAGAAAUAUAUGGUCGUCAAUUAUAUAAUGAUUCUUCUCUCGGAUUGUACCAUAUGAGUGAACAUAUUCGUAAAAGAGUGCCACAAAUCGUGGAAGAUAAGAAAGUAUUAACUAGUUUAACUAAAGAUGUUGAAGUUACUUUAGAAGAUAUGAAAGAUUCUUGUGAAGUAAUAGAAUCUAUGCCAACAAUCCCUUGCUUUAAUAAUAUUAAUGAAAUGUUAAAGCGUACUUUAGAAAUGGUUGAAGCUAAAAAUAAGGAUAAUGUAUAGCACUAUUUAAAUACCCGAAUACAAUACAAAUAUUUUUCAAGUACACGUGGUACUCUCAACAACACUCGAUUUGGAGGCGGAUAUUCAUAAUAUUUAAGGGAAUAUUUUACGUUUAAGAAAAUAUUAAUUAUAGCAUUUAUUAAUUAUCUUUAAUGAUAAUGUACUUUCGUUUUUGAUGAUAUUGUAGUAUUAUAUGGUUAUCUAGUUCACGAAAAGAAGUGGAAAUGUAAUAGCCAAAAAUAACUGCUUUAUCAUUAAAAUAUCCACAUUAAAUUCAACCGUCAAAUAAUUUCAACCUUUCAAAAUCAAUUACAAUUUCAAAUUCCAGAAUUUCAGAUUUCUUUAUUUAUUAGAUUCUUAUUUUAUUAUUAUUAUUAUU